AAGCGCGGCCGGGCCCGCCCGUCGGGGCCGGGAAGGGGCGGAGGGCGCGGCGGGCGGCAGGUGCCGCGGGAGGAUGGCGGCGGGCGACCCGGAGCAGGCGCGCUACUGCGGGCGGCUCUCGUACCUGUGCCUCAAGCUCAGCCUCAUCACCUACUCCACCACCUUCUGGGUGAUUGGAGCCCUUGUCCUCGCCGUUGGGAUUUAUGCAGAAAUUGAAAGACAGAAGUACAAAACUCUAGAAAGUGCCUUUCUAGCCCCAGCAAUUAUUUUAAUACUUUUGGGCAUUGUGAUGUUCCUGGUAUCCUUUGUGGGUGUACUGGCUUCUCUGAGAGACAAUUUAUGCCUUCUGCAAGCAUUCAUGUACAUCCUUGGUGUCUGCCUGCUGAUCGAGCUGACGGGCGGAGUGGUGGCCCUGAUCUUCAGGAACCAGACAAUCAAAUUUUUGAAUGAUAACAUUAGAAGAGGAAUUGAGAAUUACUAUGAUGAUUUAGACUUCAAGAACAUAAUGGAUUCUGUUCAAAAGCAGUUCAAGUGCUGUGGUGGGGAAGAUUAUAGAGAUUGGUCCCAGAACGUGUACCACAACUGUGCAGCUCCAGGACCUCUGGCUUGUGGGGUGCCCUACACUUGCUGCAUCAGAAACAAGACAGACAUUAUCAACACUAUGUGUGGAUACAAAACCAUUGACCAAGAGCGCUUGAGCGUUCAGCACGUUAUCUACGUCCGAGGGUGCACCAAUGCUGUGCUCAUUUGGUUUUUGGACAACUACAGCAUCAUGGCUGGCGUGCUGCUUGGCAUACUGCUGCCCCAGUUCCUGGGCGUGCUGCUGACGCUGCUGUACGUGACCCGGGUGGAGGACAUCAUCUCGGAGCACAAGCUGGGCCAGAGCCUCUUCGGGGACGCGCGCCGCGGGGCUGAGCCCGACUUCUCCGCGGCCGGCUGCUGCAUGUGCUACCCGGGCUGACCUGGGAGCCCAAAAACCUGCCAGGCCAGGCAAUCCCGGCUGCUCCGGGGCUGCUGCAGACUCUGGGGGUGCUGGAGCAGCCAGCAGCCGGCGGUGGGUGCGAGCCAAGGCGCACCGGAGGGGCCCCGUGCGGGGCUUGGGACAUUAAAUUGCUCCUGGGUGAUUGCUGGGUGAUAACACAGCCAAAAAAACUGGAGAAGAUCUGAACUGGAUUCCUAGGAAGUGUCUUUGCGUCUCUGGAUGUGGUAUUUAAGUGUUUGUGCUUCUCCAGCUGUAUUUUCUUACUCCUUCCGGAGAGAUUUCUUACUGAUCCACAUGGUGAAUAUGAAACCUGUGUUUAACAGUGGGGUUUUAUGCUAAUCAUGGUGAAUUUACUGACAAUAAUGGAUGUGAUGCUCAGUCUUCUGUGCCUUUCAAUAACGGGGCAAAUGCCAGUGUCAAAUCAGUCAGGUAAUGCUUGAUCUAUUUUUUAACGCAGUUUAUUACUGUGUGGCUUUUGUAUGAACUUACAGGAUGUUGGAGUCUUGGAUGUACUGUAUUUUCCCCCUUUCGUAAAUUAACUAGGUGAUUUAUGACUUUAUAUUUUUUUGGAGUUCUGUAUGUCAAGGUGUUUCUAAAAUUUACUGUCGAAAUAAAACCAAUGAGUUGUUUUUUCUUAAAAAAAAAAUGCAUGGGUUUUGUUUUAAAUUAUUUUUAUUGUCUUAGGUAAGUUAAGCCUGUCCCUCAAAUGCUGAAUGGAAAGGUAGAAGUAGCAGGAGCUGUGAUUCUGGCUGUGGUUUUGGAGAGUCACUGAACAUCCAUUGCUUCUCUUAGUCCACCACGAGCUCUGGGGUUUUUGUUGGUGUUCCUGAGCAUUUCUGUGCAGUCCCUCCAGCCCCAGACAGGCCUGCAGGCAAAAUGCAGGCAAAAACCUAAUUAUCAUUAAUAUUUCAAUUAAACCAAAGUCAGGAUGAGAAUAAAGCAGGUUUAUAUCCUGAAUAUAAAUCUCUUCCAAACACUCCACUAAGAAAAACAGGACAACAUCUGAUAUUAUUCUCUCCUUGCUGCUUUUUGUUGUUGUUAAAAAAAA